UGGCAGUGGGAAGGGGGAGGCUGCUGAGGAGCUGGGCUUGUGCACCCCCUGCCUUGCCUCAGUGUGGGGCAGGGUGCUGGUGAUCCUGACGAGUGACCUCUGAAGGGACAGGCAGACGUGCAGCUCUGGCUGGCUGUAGUCAGUGUUCUGAGUAGCUGCGUGCAUCCCACCAGACCUUGGGGAUUGUGCAGUGAGUGGCGGCUGCUUUGUCUCUGGGCACGGUGCUGGGGGGAGUCCCGGCUCGCCUGGCAGCUCGUGGAUGAGGCUCAGGGGCUGUGGAUGAGGCUCAGGGGCUGCUCGCAGCAGCUGGGUCCUCACGCUGCUGCAUUCCUCAGCUAGUGUGGACGGACUGAUUGUCAGCAAUACUACCGUCAGUCGGCCCCGCGACCUCCAGAGCAUGCAGCGCCUGGAGCCUGGGGCCUCAGUGGGAAGCCCCUGCGGGAGCUGUCCACGCAGACAGUGAGGGAGAUGUACGCCCUCACCCAAGGCCGGGUGCCCAUCAUCGGCGUGGGUGGGGUGAGCAGCGGCCGCGAUGCCCUGGAGAAGAUCCGUGCUGGAGCCUCGCUUGUGCAGAUGUACACAGCGCUCGUGUACCAUGGGCCGCUGGUGGUGGGGGCAGUGAAGCGUGAGCUGGAGGAGCUGCUGAGAACUGCAGUGCUGCUGUUUGCUGGCCUGGCCUGGACUCUGCUGGAGAUCACCGCUGCCACCACUGGCACGUACAAAUGUGAUGAAAAUCUGGCGUGGGUGAGCCCCGAAGCUGGCAAGGAGGCGCCCGUUUGUGAGCCAGUGUGCGGCAAACCUGAGAACCCCCCCGCCCCCAUGCAGCGCAUCAUCAGAGGCCUGCUGGCUGGGAAGGGCAGCUUCCCUUGCGAGGCCCGGAUGGUGAGCCGCCACAACCUCACCACGGGGGCUACGCUCAUCAGCGACCAGUGGCUGCUGACCACAGGCAGGAACGUCUACCUGAACCACAGCGAGGAGGCCACGCCGGAGGAGAUCGCCCCCACGCUGCGGCUCUUCCUGGGCGGCCGGGGGCAGCCCACCCUGGGCGUCGAGCGCGUGGUGCUGCACCCCGGGGCCGUGGCCCUGGCCCUGCUGAAGCUCAGGCAGAAGGUGCCCGUCGGGGCGGAGGUGAUGCCCAUCUGCCUGCCCCAGCGGGACUACGUGCAGCCGGGGCGCGUGGGUUACGUCUCGGGCUGGGGGCGCGGCGCCACCUUCGCCUUCCCUGAGGUGCCGAAGUACGUGAUGCUGCCCGUGGCCGAGGCCGACAAGUGCCGGCAGUACUACGCGGCGCAGGGGCCGCACGGCGUCCGGCCCGUCCUCGGCGACGCCACCUUCUGCGCGGGCGUGAGCGAGCUGCGCGAGGACACCUGCUACGGGGAUGCCGGCGGCGCCUUCGCCGUGCAGGACCCCGGGGACGGCGCCUGGUACGCGGCCGGCAUCCUCAGCCACGACAGGACCUGCGCCGCCUCCAAGUACGGCGUCUACGUGGAUGUGCGGCGUGUGCUGGACUGGGUCCGGGAGACGGUGGCGGCUGCCUGAGAUAAGGGGCCGCGAAAUAAAGCUGGGGGAGCGCCCGGCCCGGCCCGGCCCUCACCCUGCCCCUGA